AGUCAAUUUGCUUGGUAACUUCCAAUAUUCGUUCUAUUUCAUUGGCAUAUCAAUUCAUAUUGCGAAAUAAAAAUAAGGACGCAAGCUAUAUAUAAUUACACACACAUAUUUUCUGCUGUGAUAGUUUUCGUAAUAUUCACAUCACAUAUAUCUUCCUCGUUCUGAUCGAUCGUAUGACAACAAUGAGUCGGAGUUCGACCUUGGCGAUUUUCUCUUGCAUCGUCGUGCUAGUUCUUAAUUCGGGUGGACCGGCCAUGGCAGCUGAAGGAGACCUGUCAAGGAAGGAGAGGGUGAAAGUGGGCCUGCUUCUGGAUUCUAAUGCCACUAUGGGGAGAAUCGCCUCGAGCUAUAUCAAUACGGCACUGUCGGAUUUUUAUGAAGCCCAUCCUAGUUAUCGUACGAGGCUGUCUCUUCACUUCAGGAAUCCUCAAAAUGAUGUUGUUCUCGUAGCUUCAGCAGCAUUAGACUUGAUGCAAAAUGAAGAAGUGCAUGCUAUAAUUGGGCCGGCGUAUUCCUCACAAGCCAAGUUUGUUAUCGACCUUGGAAUCAAAGCUCAGGUUCCUAUCAUAUCCUUCUCGGCCACUAGUCCUUCCCUUUCACCUACCCAAAGCCGGUACUUCGUUCGGACAGCUUAUGAUGACUGCUCCCAAGUGAAAGCAAUAGCUGCUCUCAUCCAAGCAUUUGGCUGGAGAGAGAUCGUCCCCAUCUACGAGGACACCGACUAUGGCAACGGCCUGAUUCCCUACUUGACGGAUGCCUUCCAAAAUAUUGACACUCGAGUACCCUAUAGGAGUGCAAUCCAUCCAACUGCCCAAGAUAUUGACAUCUUGAAGGAGCUAAACAAGGUGAUGACCAUGCCAACUAGGGUAUUCCUGGUCCACAUGACCGCCACACUUGGGUCCCGGCUCUUUGUCCUUGCCAAUGAGGCCGGGAUGCUGAACGAGGAGAGCGUGUGGAUCGUGACCGAUGGGCUGUCUUCCUUGCUCGAUCCAGUCGGCUCCACGGCCAUGAGCUCCAUGCAAGGUGUGGUGGGCGUGAGGCCGUAUGUCCCCAUGUCCAAAAGGCUAAAGAAGUUCAUGGAGAAGCAAUUGAAUACUUCUCCUGGAAUCUCCACCUUUAAUGGUACUGAGACAGUCAAUCUCUUCAGCCUUUGGGCUUAUGACACUAUUUGGGCAUUAGCCAAGGUAGCCGAAAAGCAAUGGACAUCAUCUGAUCAAUUGCGGUAUGUUAGGCCAAGCACGAACAGAAAAAUGGCAGCACUCAACUUCUCGGACACUGGAACCUCAGAGAUGGGCCCUAAGCUUCUACAAGGAAUCAUAAACCUCAGCUUCCAUGGUCUUUCUGGGCUUUUUGAGAUGGUUCACGGGCAGCUCCAACCCUCUGGAUUCGAAAUCAUUAAUGUUCUUGGGAACGAGGAAAAGAUCAUCGGGUAUUGGACCUCGAAGCAUGGCCUCUCAAAGACUCUGAGCAAUCGCACUGAAGAAAAUCGAGAGUACUACUCAACUUCCAUGGAUGAUCUAAAACCAAUUCUGUGGCCCGGAAAAACCCAGAAGGAACCCAAGGGCUGGGUUAUGCCUCCCCUGAAGGAUACGAAGAUGAAGAUCUCAGUCCCUUUUAAAACUGGUUUCAGUGAAUUCUUCAAGAUACACUGGGACCAGCGCACGGGUGUUCCUUCCUACUCCGGUUUCUCAUAUGACAUGUUUAUAGCUGUGAUGGACGCAUUGCCUUUCUACAUGCCAUAUGAAAUUGUUCCAUUUAUGAAUGCAAGUAGACAGUCUGCCGGAACUUAUGAUGAGAUGCUUUACCAGAUCAAACUUCAGAAAGUCGACAUUGUUGUAGGGGACGUAAUUGUUGUAGCGAAUCGCUCCAAUUACGUGGAUUUCACGCUGCCUUACUCAGAAUCUGGGGUGUCGAUGGUGGUCGCAAUCAAGGACGAUGAAAGGAGGAACAUGUGGAUCUUCUUGAGGCCACUGAGCUGGGCCCUGUGGUUAACCAUUGGACUAUCAUUCGUCUUAACCAGCCUCAUCGUCUGCUUUCUGGAAGGCCGCCACCAGAACGAAGACUUUGGUGGCUCCAGGAGUGAGCAACUCAGCACCAGCCUCUGGUUUUCCUUCUCAACGCUAGUUUUUGCUCAUCGGGAAAAGGUGGUAAACAAUCGGACGAGGCUAGUCCUUGCAGUGUGGAUAUUCCUCUUGUUGAUCAUAACGCAAAGCUACACAGCAAGUUUGGCCUCACUCUUGACAGUUGAACAGCUGCAGCCACAAUACGUGGAUGUGCAAGAGCUCGUGCGAAAACAUUACCAUGUUGGAUACCAAAAAGGUUCCUACGUCCGGGAAUUCCUUGUUCGGGAUCUCGGCUUCGAUGAGUCAAGGUUGAUUCCUCUCAACUCUGCCGAGGAGUACCACGAAGCGCUGUCUAACGGGAUCGGGAAUGGCGGAGUUGCAGCCAUCUAUGAGGAGACCCCCUUCAUCAAACUCUUUCUCGGGAAGUAUUGCAAUAAAUAUAUGAUGGUGGGACCGAGAUAUAGGAAUGAUGGAUUUGCUUUUGAUUUAAUGUGCCAAUGUACAUCAACUGUUAGGCAUUUCCACGGGGGUCACCCCUCGUCGCGUACUUCUCGAGGGCGAUCUUGAAUGUGACUCAAGACAAAACCAAGAUGAACGAGAUCGAAAGGAAGAACCACCUGAGACAGAGUUCAUCGUGCCAGGGUGAGGAAUCAAACCAAGGCGGGGCCACAAUCUCUUCGCACAAUCUUAGCCUCGGCGUGGGCAGCUUCAGCGGACUCUUCAUCAUCACCGGUAUUGUUGCAGUGCUCGCAGUUCUAGCUGAGUUGGUGAAGGGGUUCAGGACUAAGCAUUCUCUCCGGAAAGGUAUAGAGUGGAAGAAUUCGAAGGUAGUUCCAUUAACAAGUAUUGGACAAGGCGACCCCAAAACCGGCCCUGCAAAUACUACUUUGUCUGCUGUAUGAAUUAUGAUACACUCCGUACCACGAACUAUAUAUACACUCCGAUAUAUAAGGAUGAAGAAAGAGGAGAUAACAGAUGAUCAGCUGUUUCCUUGUACAGAAAAUUAAUCCGGUAGAUUUGUCCAGUAUUAAUCGCUAUCUAAUGGGUAAGCGAUUGGUUAUCCCACGAGACAUGCCAAAUAGAUCCAUGAUGAUAUGAAAACUUGUUAUUAACUUCCAUUUUCAGGCUUUCUUGAUUUCUCGUGGCCAAAGUUUGAACUGCAAAAGGUCGGCCCAGCGAAUCUUGUAACCUGUAUUUUCUCGAUUUCCAUUAUAUUGCAUAACCCGUGUUUCUUAGCAAAUGAUUAAUAAAUUGUCUUAAUUGAGCAAGAGAGUAUAGUGUAAUGUAGGGGUACACAUUCUCGCCCUAAAAAUAAAGAGAUUUGAGGUUUGAUUCUUGUCA